AAAUAAAACUGCAGCACGCAACAUGAGGUAAGAAAAUUUGUUUUCCUGAACCGGCCCAGAACGGUUUGUUUAUACGCUUUCAGAUGUCUAGAUUUAUCACGGGCUUGCUGUAAUGGGUAUUUAAAUCGAUUUCGAGUGAACUUUUUUAGAAGGGAGGAGAGUGUUUGAAGAAGGAACGAACAAUUCUUCAAUUUCUCGAGGGAAAAUUUCCGUGGGGCGGGGGACGAUUACGAUGGCGGGGACAACAUAAACGUUCAUAAGUCCCUUCAUUUCCAAACAAAACCCUAAUAACAUAGUGCAAAAAGAAAAAAAAAAAGCAAAGCACUCAAAAGAAGGAAAUGGAAGACGAAGUAGAGAGGCGACAGAUCGAACAGAUUUUAGAGCUCGAUGACGAGGAGUUACAGAUCGAAGAAGUCGAAGGUCUUGCUGAAUCGUCCGAUGAUGAUCGUGACGCGACUGGCGUUCCUUCGAUUGACAAGUUUACCUUCAAUACCGAUUUGACUUCCUUACAUUCAUAUCUCGGCGAGGUUGAUGAUACACACCACAGUUUUGCCUUUUGGGAAGGGGGUGCCAUCUUGAACCUCCCAUUGUUCUAUCUUGAAGGGGUAGUCCUGUUCCCAGGGGCCACACUCCCACUUAGAGUUAUUCAACCCAACUUUGUAGCUGCAGUUAACAGAGCUUUGACUCAGGCUGAUGCUCCUUAUACCAUGGGUGUGGUCCGUGUUUACAGGGACUCUGACGAUGGACGAUUAAGGCUCGCAAAAAUAGGGACAACUGCAGAGAUUCGGCAAUUUCGUUCGCUAGAGGAUGGUACGAUUAAUGUGGUUACUCGUGGCCAACAGCGGUUUCGUCUGAGACGCCGUUGGAUUGAUGCGGAAGGAGCGCCUUGUGGAGAGAUUCAAAUUAUUGACGAAGAUGUGCCAUUAAGGACCCCUCGAGAUGCAUAUGCAAAAUUGAUACCAUUUAGUAAUCUGCAAAGUCAACAGAUGCUAUCUUUAAAUGCUUCAUCACGUAAAGAUGGGAAUGAGGAAAAUAAUUCAGAAGCGAAUUCAGAGGAAAGCUUUGAGAAUGAACUUUCUCAAACAGAAAAGAGAAUUCAUCAAUCUGCAAUUGGUGCCUGUUAUGAGUCUGAUAGGACGGAUGAAUCAACAAAUAGUGAUGAUAACAAUAAAUUGUCUGAGUCAGACAUCCAAUCAGGAAGUCUGUGCAGAAAUGACUCCAGCUUCAUGGGUUCAUCACCUUCUAAACAUGAGAAACAAAUUAGAAAUGCUGGCUUGGGAUCCAUAGCUCACAAAGUGGCAAGACGAAGGUCCCAUCUUUCAUGUACAGUUUCAAGAGCAUUCUGGCCCUAUUGGGUAUAUCGUAUGUAUGACUCAUAUUGUCUUGCUCAAAAGGCAGCAGUUAUGUGGAAACAAAUAGUUGGGAUUCCGAGCAUGGAUGGUUUUGUGAAGAAGCCUGAUCUUUUGUCUUUCUAUAUUGCAAGUAAAAUUCCCAUCUCUGAACCUACAAGGCAGGAGCUUCUGGAAAUUGAUGGCAUUUCAUAUAGACUGCGUCGGGAAAUUGAAUUACUUGAAAGACUUGAUCGUAUUCGAUGUAAGAUCUGUCAGAAUUUACUUGCUAGGCGCAGAGAUAUGUUGGUGAUGUCUAGUGAUGGUCCUUUGGGUGCUUUUGUUAACCCACAUGGCUUUGUGCAUGAGGUAAUGACUUUUUAUAAAGCAAAUGGCUUAUCGCUCAGAGGCCGACCGGCUAAAGAGUUCAGCUGGUUUCCUGGUAGUUGGAGGAACUUUAUAGAUGAGAGGGCAGUAAAGCAGCAAAUUAGGUAUGCAUGGACAAUCAUAAACUGUGCGUCUUGUGAAACCCAUAUGGGGUGGCUUUUCACUGCAACAAAUGAGAAGCUGAAGCCUAAAUCCUUUUGGGGGAUAAGGAGUUGUCAAGUUACGGAUGAAAUGCGUUAGAAACCAUGUGUUAUCAUGUACCCCCUAAAAUAUUCUCUAGUUAAUAUGCAGAUAAGACUAUCAGAGAUUAUAUUAUGUAUAUUAACUUGGGAGCACUAUCUUGUAUGAAAUGCAGCCCUAUAAAUGAAAGGUUCAGAUUUCAUGCUGCUUGUUCUAAGUAAGGCAUAGCAUGUAUGAUUGCAAGGGCCUUAUUGGAGAAAAUUAAAGCCUGGCCAAGCAGACAACUGACUCGAAUCGACCUUAGCUGAUGCAGAAGCUCAAAAGCAUCUGGAUCGGACAUUUCUUUUCUGUUUGGUUUGAGGGAGAGGACCGAUGAAGUUUGUUAAUAAUAUUUUGUUUAAUGAUAACGUAUAAUGUAUAAAAUUUAUACAUUUACA